UUUCUUUGUGGGUUUUGUUUGUUUGGCAGUGACACAGAAGAGAGAAGCUGUCAAGCUGCCCUGACUGACACCACACCCCCGCCCCGCCCUAGGAAGAGAAGUCUUCUCUCUUCCUCUUUCUCUCUGUAACUUUCUCACAAAAAAUUAUAAAAAAAAAACUUUCUUUUUUUCUCCUGUUUUUGCUGUUGUUCCUGAUCUCUUCUUCUUAACGUCACCAUCAUUUUUUUUUAAAAAAUAAGUCCUUUUCUUUUCUUUCUCUCCUCUCUGUAAAGUUGGUCUUUGUUAGAAAACAACAGAACCCUGCAUCUUUUAUAAUCUUGCUCUCUUCUCAGAUCCAACCCUUUUCUCUAUCUCUCCAACUGUUUGGUGAAGCUUGGUGUUAAUGGAUUGGAGCUUCAAUAUGAAUCAAAUUUGGUACUGCGAAUGCUUUGCUGGGACUUGGGUUUAUAUCUCUAGGUUUAGACUCGUAUGAUUCGAAAAAUUAGCUAGGGACCCCCUCAGUCUUGUGAGAAGUUAGGAGCUUUUAAUUAGCUUUUGAGAUUGUUUUGAUUAAAGAAGGAAACAGUCUCUGUUCUUGUACAUAUUAGAGCUUCUUGGCUUUUUUAUGGCAAAUUUCAAUCAACACUGAAGUAUAAAAUUCGCGGUGAUUGACACAAAUGGGUGGGCUUUGCUCGAGGAGAUCCACUGUAGAUAAUGCUCCCGGUGGAGGCUUUCCACAUGUUAAUGGCCAUUUUGGUCGAAGGUCUGGAUUGGUUUUUCAGACCCGUGAACUACCCGCGAAGAUAAACACCAAUUCAACUCCCCCUCCCGCUGAGGAUAAUGCAGAUAAUGCAGACAAGGAGUCAAGAGAACCCUUUUCCUUUCCAGAGAUUAGCACAGUUCCAUAUGAUACGACCCCAGAUGAUAUUAAUGAUGGAAUUCCUCGUUUGACAAGGGCACUGUCAAAUAAAUGUAGAUCAGCCAAGUCUAAGCAGGCUGCUGUUGCAAAGGUUUCUGAGGUCAGCUCUCUUUUAGGCAGAGCUGGUACUGCUGGGCUUGGAAAGGCUGUGGAAGUUUUGGACACCCUUGGUAGUAGCAUGACGAAUUUGAAUCUCAGCAGUGGGUUUACCUCAGGGGUAACAACAAAAGGGAAUAAAAUAUCAAUUCUAGCUUUUGAGGUUGCAAAUACAAUUGUUAAAGGUGCCAAUCUGAUGCAAUCGCUAUCAAUGGAGAACAUUAGACAUUUAAAAGAGGUGGUCCUUCUGUCAGAAGGAGUGCAAAAUUUAAUCUCAAGAGAUAUGGAUGAACUCCUGAGAAUUGCAGCUGCUGAUAAGAGGGAAGAGUUAAAAGUUUUUUCUGGAGAGGUGGUACGUUUUGGCAAUCGUUGUAAAGAUCCUCAGUGGCACAAUUUAGAUCGUUAUUUUGAGAAGUUGGGUUCAGAACUGACACCUGAAAAACAGUUGAAGGAAGAAGCAGAGGCAAUAAUGCAACAGUUGAUGACUUUUGUUCAGUAUACAGCUGAAUUGUAUCAUGAGUUGCAUGCCUUGGACAGAUUUGAACAAGAUUAUCGACGUAAGCUUCAGGAAGAGGAUAACUCAAAUGCUGCUCAAAGAGGAGACAGCCUUGCAAUAUUGAGAGCAGAGUUAAAGAGUCAAAAGAAGCAUGUGAGAAGUCUGAAGAAAAAAUCUCUUUGGUCUAAAAUUUUGGAAGAGGUCAUGGAGAAGCUUGUAGACAUUGUUCAUUUCUUGCACUUGGAGAUUCAUGAAGCCUUUGGCAGUGCUGAUGGUGAUAAACCUGUUAAAAGUUCUGUCAGCGGUCAUAAAAAGUUGGGGUCUGCCGGUCUUGCGUUGCAUUAUGCAAAUAUCAUUACUCAAAUUGAUACUCUUGUGUCUCGAUCAAGUUCUGUGCCCCCUAAUACAAGGGAUUCGUUAUACCAAGGGCUGCCACCUACUAUAAAGUCUGCUCUGCGAUCCAGACUGCAGUCCUUUCAGAUAAAAGAAGAGCUAACUGUCCCACAGAUCAAAGCUGAAAUGGAGAAAACAUUGCAGUGGCUUGUUCCCAUUGCCACUAACACAACCAAAGCUCAUCAUGGGUUUGGUUGGGUUGGAGAAUGGGCGAACACUGGGUCUGAAGUAAAUCGUAAACCUGCUGGCCAGACUGACAUGCUCAGGAUCGAAACACUACACCAUGCGGACAAGGAGAAAACUGAAGUUUAUAUUCUUGAUCUGGUAGUGUGGCUUCACCAUCUUGUUACCCAAGCGAGGGCUUGCAAUGGUGGAAUCAGAUCUCCUGUUAAGUCUCCAGUUAGGUCCGUUAACCAGAAGACAAUUCAACUAUCCACGCAGAAGCCCCCAUCGCCAAUGUUGACAGUUGAAGAUCAAGAGAUGCUUCGGGAUGUGAGUAAGAGGAAAAAAACACCUGGAAUAAGUAAGAGCCAGGAGUUUGACACCGCAAAAACUAGAUUAAGCAAGCACCAUAGGUUGAGUAAAAGCAGUAGCCACUCUCCAACAAGUGAAACUAAGAAAGAUCCCUUCCCCAUUCGGAGGCCAUCUUCAGUUCCUUUCAUCGACUUUGAUAUCGACCGGAUUAAGGCAUUGGAUGUCAUUGAUCGAGUGGACACCCUUAGAAGUUUGUAAUUAUAUGUUAAAUUGAGAUUCCUAGGCAAAGAGGCCUUUUGCUUGUGUAAAGAGUCCCAUCUGCUGCAUUUUUCCGUGUAGGGUGCUGAAUUGGUUUGCAGUUGCUUGGCUAAAUUUUUAGUGAGUUGGUAAGCAGAUGCUGAGUGAUACAAGCUGUUAUUUUUUUGUAUGUGAAAAGUCUAGGGGGUGAUAAAUGUAUUGUUCCAGGGGAAUUUUAACUGUUUUUAGGAUUAAAACUGAGUUCAAGGCUAUAGUUUUCUCUUUAGUUCUAUAUGUACAGAACAUUUUAUCAUUUCAUAAUAAUUAAAAAUUUCUGCUCCUUUUUGUUUCUCCA